AUGCACAACAUCCUCAUCAUCGGGGCCACCAGGGGCCUGGGUUCCAGUCUCGCCCACAAAUACGCCAAAGCCGGCAAGGCCGUCCACGCAACAGCGCGCUUCACCCCACCGCAAGUGGUCGAUUCACGCAUUACCUGGAUCUCCGACAUCGACAUUGCCCACGAAGACGCGGGCCGCCGCCUUGCUCGCCUCUACGCCGGCGACUCCUCCAUCGACGUGGUCAUCAUCACGGCCGGCUACUUCGCCCUGGAAACAUUCGAUGAGCCCAAAUUCGACGAUGAGGUUCAAAUGUACAAGACCUCGGCCAUCGGGCCGGUGUUCAUCAUCCACCAUCUCGUCAAGGCUGGAUUGUUGGAAAGGGGCGCCAAGGUCAUCCUGGUGUCCAGCGAGAGCGGCAGUAUCGGGCUGAGGCAUGAGAGCGAGGGCGGCGGGAACUUCGGACAUCAUGGCAGCAAAGCUGCCUUGAACAUGGUCGGAAAGUUGCUGAGCCUUGAUCUGAAGAACCAGGGAAUUGCAGUAGGAUUGGUGCACCCAGGCUUUAUGAGAACGGAUAUGACCAAGAGCGUCGGAUUUGACAAGUUCUACGACGAGGGUGGAGCGGUGACGCCAAAUCAAGCGGCCGACUCUCUCAUCGACUUCAUUGCGACUUUCGACAUGUCCAAGACUGGCCAGUGUUGGGCACCCCGCGGGCCUGGUGACAUCGGCACGGUGGAGCACACGAUGGGACCGAAGAAGGACCUGGCAACACCUUUGCAGCUUCCCUGGUAA